AUGAAAGAUGAAACUUCUAAAUCGAAAUGUAAUGCUUCAGUUGAUAGUGCUUGUUCAAGAUGUAUUAGAUUGUCUUUAACAUGUAAUUUUACUAAUCAACAAAAAUGUGGACCAAAGAAACCCAGUUCUAUAACUAAAGCAGCAGCCAAAAUUGAUAAAUUUCAUAGUCCUUAUAUUUCAGCAGUAUGUCUUCCCUGUGCACGUGCUAAAACGAGAUGUUCAGGAGGUACACCUGUGAUAGAUGCAUUUCUACCGGGAAUCACUAAAUGGAAACACAUUGAAGUCGUUCUCAAAAGCCUUUAUAACUCUGAUAAUAUAAAUGUCGAUUUCUUGAAAGAGGCAGAUUCUCAUCAGAAAUUCAAAAAUUAUAAUGGUGUAGUUCAAAUAUAUGGAAUUACACGUGACCCGUUUAAUAUGAAUUAUUCAAUGGUAACAAAAUAUGUUUCUGGUGGAAAUUUAUAUGACUACUUGAAAAAUCGUAUAAUAAACUUACUUGGAAAAAUAAAAUUAAAUUGUUAG